CAUCUGUGUGACUUGACAGGUGACAGUUGCUAGGGUACAAUCUGCUCCAUGGCAACGGCCCCACUGAGAGGAAAAGUUUGAAUUUGCUGAUUUUUGUUCUUUGAUGGAAACAAAAGAUGAAGAGUCUCCUUCAUACUCUGAGUCCGGAUAGAGAAGAGACACCCUGAGAUUAACAUGCCAGCUACUAAAGUCAUCAAGCAGGCCCCGGUGGAGUCCUCGAGGAGAACCGUGGAGAGAUCCAGACCUGUGGGGAAGGUGAAAGCAGUGAACGGAGCGCAGACUGAACUCGAAGUGCCCGCCGUGCGUAAAAGCCGCGCGUCGAGUUGCCCCAGGUACCCUCAGAGGGACAGGGGGGAGGAUGGGGGGUCCGGAGCGAGGCGCACGGCCCUCAGACCAGGACAUGAAAGGAGGGCAAGAUCCAGCUCCACUGCUCCAAGAUCUAAGCCGGACGGUCGGAGGGUGGCCAGCUCUGUGAGGAGUGCCAACGUGAACCCGAAGUGCCAGAAGAUGAGCACGUGUCAGAGGGAGCAGAGGGGGGUCAGGGGGGAUGUUAAAUAUGCCAUUCAAAGUCACAAAGCGUUCACAGUCAUCCCCCCGAACCCAAAGAAACGGAGAGAGAUCCAGAGGAAGGCGGAGGCGGAGCUUGCCGCUUUAGAGGAGCUUCGGCUGAGCAGAGCGAUGGCGUAUGUCUCCAUUGACCCCAGCAGUGUUGGCGGCUGUUUGAGUCUGGAGGAAGUACGGUCGAAGCAGCAGCAGGAGAUGAUGAAAGCCAGGAGGAAACCGAAACCGAUGAAGACACAGGUGAUGGAGCCAGCACCUGUCCUGGAGAUCUGAGCGUCGCCUCACACAAACAGGAAAACUCACACGGUUAUAAAACUGGAUUAAAAUCACUCAGAACAGAUCAAGUGAAAUAAAAACAACACACUUCACAUGAUCUGAA